AUGUCGUCCUUCUACCACUACAACACUCACCAACAUCCUACUCCAUCAAAUGCUCAGUCCGCCCCAUCAACACAUCAUAAUGGCCGUGGUCGUCGGGCGCCCCGCUUGUCACAGAACUCGCACAAACAAUUCCGCAGCGUGAGAAAGGAGGAAGAGGCCGCUCAGGUUCAGUCUUUCCGACAACGCUUCGAGGCUGGUCGAUCCUUCGACUUGGACGACGACCUCGAGUUCUGUCCAAACCUGCUGACGGAGAGUGACAUGAUCUCCAUUCACUCAUCGGGCUCUGAUCGCUCGUCAUUGUCCAGUGGUUCACCCGAAUCCAGUCCACAAUCUCAUCAGGUUGCACCCGACACCGGCUUCUCACUCAGCUCCAACUCGACUCCAUACAUCCCUUCAUACCAAAGUCACCCAACGUCUCUCAAGUUGCACCAACCUGCCGCAACUAGAAUUCGAAACGCCAUCCCUAUCGUCAACCCAAGUACCGGAAUCAGCAUGUCAAGCCCCCCGCAAUCCGUCAGCCCUGGUCGUGCGAUGCAACAAUCGAUGGGUCGACGUUGGUAG